AUGAUUGACCAAAUUCUUGAUGAAAAUGUGUCAGAAAAUGAAGACGAAGAAAGUUUCUUUCAAGAUGUAGAUAUUUUACAGAAACAUGGGAUUAACGUAGCCGACAUUAAGAAAUUAAAAGGAGCAGGAAUAUGUACCAUCAAAGGAAUACAGAUGUCCACGAAGAAAAAACUGUGUAACAUCAAAGGGUUUUCAGAUACUAAAGUGGAGAAAAUUAAGGAAGCUUGUCAAAAAGUAGUGACCCUUGGCUUUAUGACAGCAUUAGAAGUCAGCGAUCGUCGAAAGCAGGUUUUCAAAAUUAGUACAGGAAGUAUGGAAUUGGAUAAACUGUUGGCUGGCGGCAUCGAAUCCAUGGCUAUAACUGAAGUUUUUGGCGAAUUUCGUACAGGCAAGACGCAGUUGUCACAUACGUUGUGUGUGACGACACAAAUACCUAACUCAACUGGCUAUCACGGUGGCAAAGUCAUGUUUCUCGAUACUGAACACACUUUUCGUCCCGACAGAUUGAGGCCCAUUGCAGAUAGAUUUAAUUUAGAUCAAAGUGCCGUCUUAGAUAACGUUCUUUAUGCCAGAGCAUAUACUUCAGAACAUCAGGCGGAACUACUAGACUAUGUGGCAGCAAAGUUUCAUGAAGAAGCCGGAGUGUUUAAACUGCUCAUCAUAGAUUCGAUCAUGGCCCUAUUUAGGGUUGACUUCUCGGGUCGCGGUGAAUUAGCUGACAGGCAACAGAAACUAGCCCAAGUUCUCUCACGCUUGCAAAAGAUUUCUGAAGAAUACAACGUAGCAGUCUUCAUAACAAAUCAAAUGACGGCAGACCCUGGAGCAACUUUGACCUUCCAAGCUGACCCUAAGAAACCAAUAGGUGGCAAUAUUCUUGCGCAUGCGUCAACUACAAGGAUUGCACUAAGAAAAGGUCGCGGAGAAAACAGAAUAGCAAAAAUUUAUGACUCUCCCGACUUACCUGAAAGUGAAGCCACGUUCGCUAUCACCAAUGGUGGAGUGUCAGAUGCUAAAGACUAA